AUGCAGCAGAAAGCAAUAAGAUCCCUUGAGGAACAGGUGAAACUCAAUGAAGUCAGCUUUGGUAAAAAGCUACAGUAUUCAGAAGAGCAAGUAGACAAUUUUGAGCACAAAAGACUAUCCCUGACAGAGAGUAUAUCAAAGCUUGAAAGUCGCGUCAACAGCAUCCCCGACCUCCCAAGCGCAGGUAGCUCUCAAUCAGAACUGAGCCUAUCCAAGGGCUCCAUAACUAAACACGAGUCAGAAAUAAAGGCAAUCACAAAAACACAGAAAGAAUUUGAAGAGAGAUUUCAACUUGGCCUAAACAGAUUGGACCAUUCAUAUCAGCAGAUGAUGUGCCAGCAAGAAAAAUUUGAUGGAAGAAUGAUAAGUUUUGAGAAUAGAGAAAACAACUGUACUUUGUCGAGCCCGAAUUCAACUGGAUCAAGUCUGGUUUGGUCUGAUGCGAACUCUAAUGAAGUUGUAAAUGAGUCUGAGCCAUGUUCAAUAACCACAAUUAAUGUGAGCUCCUCAUCAGCCAGGCUCAUCACACCUCCUCUUACAAGAAGCCCCACGGAAUUGAUUCCAAACAAAUCGGCUGUGGAUUCUAUGGAAGUCGAUGAUCAAUCUGACUCCAGUUCACGGACGCAACGACCGCUUUUCCAAGCACAGGACCGCGAAGGGUCUCAAUCUUCCAUGAUUGCUAGUAGUUCAUCUUGGGUAAAUCAGACAGCAAACAUGGACAGGAGACGUGCAACACCAAAUCGGCAACAUACAAAUGCAUUCUCUGAACCAAGGAUUUCAAACUCCCAUCCUUCAUUGACAUCCAUCAAUAGAUCUACACCUGCUGAUAUUCCUGUCACCCCGGUUCAACAAACGAGUCACAUCAACCCAAGUUCCAAACCAAAGUUAUGGGUGCGACCUUCCAAAAGCUCACAAAAUAAGCUCACAGCAACUUUAAGGAAACAAAGGGACACAAUGACCCCAGAGAACAAGGAUGAUGAUCAAAAUUCAUCUAAAGCUAUCCAGCAGCAUUUUCGAUACCUUGCGGGAGUUAACCGGGAAAAAAAAUCCUUCCCCAGAUCUCCGACUCGUGAAGAUUUGGAGAAUUUACCAGAACUUCCUGAUGGAACCGCACCCCUUGGUCUAUCAGCUCCAUACAUCCUCAGAGCUAAUCAGCUCUCACAAGAAUGGGCUGAUGAUGACGAGAUGGGCGAGGGCUUUCGAAAUCGCUGCGAGCAAAGACUUAGACAAUACGGAAUCCCUUACGUUGGUUUGAGCUCUGCACGAAAUGACACAAAAGCCGAAGAAUGGAACCGAAGGACCUUGGAGUUUUGCUUAGACAUGUUUAACUGUGCAAUGGAUGGUAUGGAGUAUGAGGACUUAUUCCGAUUGGAUCGUGCAGAGCUUGAUGUUGACAGAAUCAGGGUGCUAAUGGUGACUCAUUUGAAGUAUCGGAUCAACAACAAACGUAUUUUUUUGAAAGAUAACAGUAAUCUAGAAAAACACAUGAAGGAAGACCGCCGAGCCAAGCGAGCCAAUAAUCUCGCAGAGAGACGUCAUGAAACUUGUCUGAAGUACGAGGAUCUGAAUGUUUACCAGGAUCUUUUCCUGGAUCGCCGGUACUGUUCGUCUGACGAAUCUGAUGACGAAGUUGUGGAAGAGGAUCGGGUGCGAGAUAUUCCGCUAUGGCGGAGCCGACUAGGAACUGGCUUAGUUGAGUACAUCGACAACGCUUAUCGUCAAUUGAGACAAGAAGAAAUUCCUAGACGCCCUGGAAGAAAACCAGGGAAGCGCAAUACAUCUCAAACCGCGCCGGUUGUAGGCUCCUCGAAAUGGCCACUAGGUCUUCCUAGUGAUUGCUAUGAUUCCAGAUGGGUUGCAAGCCUCAACACUAAAGAACGCAAGGCCCUCAAAAUGAAGCCGGCAGCGUUGCAGGGUGUGUCUGGACUACUAGAUUGA